AUGGGUAAAAAAAAAUACUAUUUACAGGGACUUGACAAUGUCUAUCUUAAUUUUUUUUUGUUCCUAAUCUAUUAUUAUGCAGAGGCACGAGUGGUGGAGGCAAAGAUAUGCGAAAAGUACAGCAAAACAUGGUCAGGGUGGUGUGGCAACUCUAACCACUGUGACAACCAAUGCAAGAAAUGGGAAGGUGCAAAAUUUGGAUCAUGUCACUGGGACUUGGGCGGAAGGCUUGUUUCUGCUACUUCAACUGUCCAGGUUUAUGUGCUAAGCGCAGCAAGACAUGGUCUGGUUGGUGUGGCAGCUCCAACAACAGUGGCAAGCAAUGCAGGACUAAGGAAGGUGCAAUUCAUUGAGCUUGUCACGUUAACGUUCGGGCUUGUGACUGUUAUGUAA